AAUGAGGAUCAAUUUGUACGGCGAUAAGAAUGUCUGAUUAAGAGAUAAAUUAGCAUUAAAUCAUUUGGAGAUGCAACGAGAACAACACAUUAUUCUCAUGCAGAAAGCACUCAAGGGAUGAUUUGUUACAUCACAAAGCGUCACACCGGUUCAAAACUGUCUGCAAAAAAACUCCAAUCUUUCUCUCUUUUAAUACCACCCUGGGUUUAGUAUCCCCUCCAUUUGCUGAAGCUUUGCGCUUUUUGUAUUUCCACUCAAUCUAAUAAACAUUGGACUUCCGAUUUUCUCUCCCUCCCCCCUCCACUGCCUCUCAAGCCCGGGUCGAGCACCAUUCGUACGGCAUCAAGAACAUUUCCCCCGCCCUUGCCCGACCACCCGUUCUUGCUGCACCUUGAACCGUGCAGACCACAACCGCGAUCACCGCCGAUCGCGACUUCGAGCCUUCAUGAGCCUGUGCAGGACUCAACCAAGCGGUCAGUUAGCGUCGAUUCUUCGCUGGCUCCGGACGAGUCGCUUGCGACACACAGCCCAACUGCCGAAUCCGGAACUAGUAGGCCCCCGCGUAGCAGAGUGUAGCUAAAGUUGCAGUUCGACACGGUGUUUGUGUGUGGUUCGCAGAAGGCAAAGAUUGGACGGAUUUUCCAAGCAUCCAAGGGUGGAUCCAAGGGCUCAGCGAUGGAACGGAAUGGACGUGUUGCGGUUGUCGGAGUGUUGCUGGUCGUGAGCUGCCUGGCGCUGCUGCUGCUAGCCGUACCGAGCCGAGCCGAUGUCAUUGCAAGGCGGGUUCGUCGCCAGAGUCCGUGGCUCCAGCGGGCUCCACUUACGUUCGCGCUGGGCAAGAAAUUCGCGCGGAAUCGACCGGCAGCCAGUUCAGCAUUUGCCCUCGAAACCAACACCGACUGGCGGGAGAACGCGGUGGAGCAAAGCCGACCAGCCCAACCGGUAGCGGUGCGUCCGCUUGCCGAGCUUUCGGCGGAAGUGACCGACAGCAAGCCGGCGCCACGAUCGAGGGCCUUCUACGGCUGCAUGUCGAACUGUCUCACGCUGUCGCAGUACAAUCCGGUGUGCGGUACGGACCACACCACCUACCACAACGAGUACAAACUGGAGUGCGCCAACCGGUGCGGAGCAAAGCCCAGAGUUUCGAUCAAAAAGUCGGGCAUUUGCUAGGCCAGCCACAGCAACCUGUCGCUUCUGUCCGAUGCAUCCGAGACGCACCCGAACGUCGCAGCAUUGCAUUGCUCACCCUCCCACUAGACUAAGAAGCCCGACUAGACGCAAGGCGACUGGAUGCGUACAAAAAGGGGGUAGAUAGGCGAGCGAAGAUUUCUAAUUUAUUUCUAGUUUUUACACCACACCCGGUAGCGAAAAUAUGGCACAAAAAUAAUAAACAAAAUCGCUAAACACAA